GUCCGGCAACACAGUUGUCGCCAAAUGGCCGUUACUGUCAACUGUACAAAAGUGCCUGUCAAGUAUUUUCAAGUAAUUGGUAAAUGCCUUUAUGGAAUUUAAGUAGUGUUCGACACUAAUGAUCACACUGAGAGCUCCUUCCACCAAUAUUUUUAACAGGAGUAGCCAUGUACAUCGCGUCCGCGUCCACUAGCGUGAAAUUCCACGAAUUUCCCAACACCGCCGCCGCCGCCGCCCAUCAUUACCAGCCCGGAUCCCGGAUCGAGGGCCCGAUCCGGAGCAUCUCGUGGAGCAAGGACGGCAACUGGUUGGCGAUCGUGCCACACUCGGGCAAAACCGAAAUCGUGACGGUCAAGAACCAGCUGAAGCUCGUGCACACGGUGCACGACAUCGCGGAGCCGACAUGCGCGUCUUUCCAGAACCUGACGAAAAAGCACCUGGCCGUCGGCACCAAAAACUGCCAGGUGCUCAUCUACGACAUCAAAUCACGGGCCACCAAGAAACGGUUCCCGAGGACGUCCUCGGUCGUCACCCACGUCGGCUUCACCGCGAAAGACACCCACUGCGUCGCCGGCUGCGCGAACGGCGAAGUUUUCGUCUACAACAACGUCGCCAACAACGUCGCUUGCGCCCUCAAAAUACCGAAAUCGAACUCAUUGACAGUUUUGAAAACUCACGCGCAAAAGCGCCAUCUAGUGUUGGGCGGUAGCAACGAGGGCGUGGUCGUUGUGUGGGACACGAACACGAGCAAGAGUAGGUUCUGCGCGGAUGCGCACAAGGCGCCGGUCACCUGCGCAGCGUUCUCGCCCGUCAACCCGUCCCUAGUCAUCUCCACCGGCUUGGACCGCCAAUUUUGCAUCUACGACGUCGACGCUAGGGAGAGGAUUGCGUGCGUCACCGUCGACAACAACCUCACUGCCGUCGACUUUGUCGAUGACGCGACCUCCUUCGCCACCGCGUCCCAAAAUGGCCGCGUCCACGUGUACGAUUCGCGCAAUCUGAACCAGCCCGUCUACAGCUUCGAGGCGCAUCGGAGCGCCGUGAAGCAUUUGGCGUUUCAAAAUGGCGGCGGCGGCGGCGAAGACGCCGGCGGGUGCAACACAAGCUCUUUGGGUAGCUCCGUCGGGGAGGAGGUCAAGUCGCUCGAUGAGGCGGCGAAGAUGCAGACGAGCGACCUUUUCGGCUAUCUGGCUCAGCUUCCGCCGGGAAACGAGGCCGGCGAGCAACCGGACAAAAGGAGCUACGUCGUCGAAGAUGGCGGCGACUCGUUUAUGGCCGCCCUCGACCUCAAUAGCGGCGAUUCGACGCGUCCGGAAGACAGUCACCGCGACGAUGUAGCGCCUAAGGUGCCACCGAGCUUGAACCUCAUUACUCCGAACGUGAGCAAAGCGAUUAACGAAAAAUUAAACGCGGACGUCGAACAUGCCACCUCGACUCCGAAAUUGUUGCCGCAGAACUUCUUCGCCGGUCCGUCGCCCAUCGUCACCUCCAAUUGCACCCAGGUGCCCGGCGUGAGCGCUACCACCCAGGUGCAACCUACGGCUACGAGGGAGAUGAUACGAGACGUUAUCGAGCAGGUAACUGCGGAAAUCGUGCAGAAGGAAAUCAAAAAUGCCCUCGAAGAGGUGAAAUCGGAGGUGACGUAUCCGAUCAUGAGGUCGGUCGAGCAGUCUCGCAGGAUGAUCCUAGAUCUGCACAUGGCAAUGAUUAAGGAAUCGAUCAAGGUGGAGAAUUGUUUUAACAGUAUCAGAGAGCUGAUCGGGCCGGACGCGAGAGCUUCGAACGACAGCUGCUUGGCGGAGGAGAACAUGAACCUCAGGAGGAAGAUACAGUUGUUGGAGAGCCAGAUCGCGGGGUUGAGCGCGUGCGGGCGCGGCGACGAGAACGGAAACGGCUGAGGUCCAUCUAUUUAGGAUUGAUAGAAAAUUGAAGUAAGGCUAUUUUUGUACCGAUUGUACUAUAUUUUUUUUAAUAAACUCAUUUU